GGCGGCGGAGCUGUGGAAGCGCGGCGCUUCCGGGCGCGCGGGCUUUUCCGGUGCCGGCGAUGGCGGCAGGCGGCAGCGACCCGCGGACGGCGGACGUGGAGGAGGACGCCUCUCAGCUCGUCUUCCCCAAAGAAUUUGAAACUGCGGAAACUCUCCUGAACUCGGAAGUACAUAUGCUUCUUGAGCACCGUAAGCAACAGAAUGAGAGUGCAGAAGAUGAGCAGGAACUCUCAGAAGUCUUCAUGAAAACCUUGAACUACACAGCACGCUUCAGCCGCUUCAAAAACCGUGAAACCAUUGCCAGUGUCCGUAGUUUGCUGCUCCAGAAAAAGCUCCAUAAGUUUGAAUUGGCAUGUCUGGCUAACUUGUGUCCUGAGACAGCUGAGGAAGCAAAAGCCUUGAUUCCUAGCCUGGAGGGCAGAUUUGAAGAUGAGGAAUUACAGCAGAUUCUUGACGACAUUCAGACAAAACGCAGCUUCCAGUAUUAAGAUUAACCCCCAACCCCUUUAUCAGCACAGAAAAAAAAUGGGACAUUUGAUUGCUUCUUAGCUCUCUGGCCCAAUCCAGUUCCUUGGCUGAGUGAGGGGAGUUGUGGGUACAGGGU